CAACGUGUUUGUUUACGGUUUUCCCUGGUUUUGUGACCUUCGGUAAGUCGAUUAAACACAGCUGGCUAAAUUAAAGUGGCGAUACACAAUGAACGAAGUUGAGCUUCUGUCAGACCGAGUUGCAGCUGUUCAGCUCGAAAGGAGGAGAAACAGGGAGCUGCAGCGCCGAGAGAGGAUCUUCAGUGAUAAAGUCCGCACGAUUGGAGUGAGUUUGUUUGGUGGAGACUACUUCAUACAGCCGUACACUGCAUCUGCGAGCUCAUUUGUUGAUUUCUCUCUUGGUCAGGUUGACAAAGAUGCUCUCGACCACCAAGUUAAAGAACUAAGAGAGAAAGGCCAACGCCAAGCGAAUGAGUUUAAAAUCUAUGCUGAUGAGCUGCUGUGCGGUGAUCGUGUGGCUUGCGUGCUGGAGCAGCGGCAAAAGAAAGAUGAGCGUCUGUUGAAUGAAGCCAUUGUGCAUUUCAGGCAACACUUUCAACAACCUGCCAGUCGGCGUGAGUUUGAUCUGAACGAUCCAGAGCUGCUGAGGAAGCAGGAAGGGGUGCGGAUACUGCCGGGGCUUACCGGAGAAGAUCCGGCCCAGAAGGACAGGCUGAGGAAGCAGCAGGAGCAGCUCAGAGCAUGGUCCCUACAACAGCAAGACGAGCUAGAGCGAGCGAAACAACAGUUACAACAAGAAAUGCACCAGUAUGAUCAAAGCAGACUGGCUCUAGACGACCAAGCUCUUGAAUUGCAGAAGAUGGAGGAACAAAGCAAGAAGGCUGCAGCCAUUGCCACCAAAGACUUUAACCUCAUUCUGGCUGCAGAAAUCGCUAAUCGACGUCUACAGGAGCACCAUGAAGAAGAGGAAAGCAACCAGACGGACAUCCUGAACCAGCUAAAUGGAGACCUGCUGAUGGAAAACCCUGAGCAGAAUAUUAGUGUGCUGGGUCUGUCUCGCCUGCGCAGGGAGUAUUACAAGGGAAUGAGUCCUAAGGAGCUCCAGCAGUACACACAAUACCAGCUGCAGCAAGCAGAAGAUAAGAAGCGUGUUGUCGUGAAGCAACGAGAAAAGGAGCUUCAGGAGCAUCAAGAGCACAUGACAUCUGCCCGUGCUGCGCUGCUGCUAGAAAGACGGCAAGCACGCAUUAAUAAGGAGCUGCGCAGGGCAAUGGACAACACCAACGCAAAGCUGGCUCAGGCCCAUGAUGCUCAGAAGAAACAUCUUCAGGAUGUUUACACAAAUAUUCCAGACGAGCGCUAUUUUUCCCAGUUUAAUACCAGCAGUAGAUAAACAUUACAGAGGGAACCUGAAAGAUGAACACCAUCAGGGCUCAGUAACUGAGGACAAUGCAACGUAUCAUUUUACAGUAAGCCUUGGCUUUAAAUAGACAGGGGGACUCCUCUCGAAGUGUUUUGGAAAGCUGCACACUUUUUAUUGGGUCAGUAAAGAUGGUGAACAUCGUAUGGAUUUUUUUUUAACAUUCAUGUUGUAAACAAAAUAAGUUGCAUAUUCAUAAACAACUGGAAUCAGGUAACUUACGUCAGCCUAAAAAGGUUAAAUAAAAAUAGGACACCCCCUGAAAAUAGUUUGUUCUUUCAUUGGAUCAGGCUCGGUUUAGCAUUAAAUGACUUGCUCACCAGUAGAUCCUCUGCAGUAAAUAAAUGAAUGAGAGUCUGAACAGCUGACAAAAACAUCACUAUAAUACACAACUCUUGUAAACUUGUGAUAUAUAAAUAUGCAGUUUUUGCUUCACUGGAUUUAUUGUGGAUUAUUGUAAUGUUUUUAUCAGCUGUCUCGACUGAAUUAUUUUAAAUUUAUUUUAAUCUACUUGGUAACACCUACAUGUUGUGUGACUUCGCUGUCAUAAAAAUAUAAAAAUAUAAAAUCUUGAUUAGCAUUCACAAAACUGCUGUCAUCAGUAUGAAGGGUCAGGCUCUGGACUGGAGUCCUCCAUUUUGUUUUGUUGGAAGUCAAGAUAAUAAGUACACCGAUUUGGCACCA